AUGGCCAGCCUUGCAAAUUUUGUCGAUUUCUCGCCCAGGUCAUUGACCUUGGCCGCUGCGUCUAUCGCUUUUAAUCCAAUUUUCUGGAAUAUCGUUGCUCGUGCUGAGUACAACAACCAUGUUCUGACACGGCUGUUUGGCGGCCCUUAUCGAGGAUGCUACGCUUUGGCUGUCACCAUCUUUUCUCUCGGUAUCCUGCGAGACCACCUGUAUCAGGUUGCCCUCGAUGAGCAACCGUUCUACGCGCCUGUGCACCAGCCUCUCAUUGGCGGUGUCCUGUUCGUUGUCGGAUCAGUCCUGGUGUUGUCGAGUAUGUGGGCUUUGGGCGUGACUGGAACCUACCUCGGCGAUUACUUUGGCAUUCUUAUGGACGCUCCCGUUACUGGGUUCCCAUUCAACGUGACUGGCUCCCCCAUGUACUGGGGAAGCACCUUGAACUUCCUUGGUGUCGCUCUGUACAAGGGCAAAGUUGCCGGGCUUCUUCUUACAGCCCAGGUGUUUGUGCUGUACUGGUUCGCCCUCAAGUGGGAGGACCCUUUCACUGCCGAAAUCUACGCCAAGCGCGAGCGCGAGCGUGCCAAGAAGGCCGGCGGCAAGAAGCUGUAG